UCCGAUGCCCGAUGGGCCAGGGUGGAGUGCUGGCAGCGGGGCCCGCGGCGGUGCCGGGCCCGGCUCAGCAGCCUCCGUGCCGCAGGCUCCGGGGAGCUGCGUCUGGUGGGCGGCGGCGGGCGCUGUGCCGGGCGCGUGGAGCUGAAGCACGGCGGGGAGUGGGGCUCCGUCUGCGUCUUGGACUCCGACCGGGAAGCCCGAUGGGCCAGCGUGGUGUGCCGGCAGCUGGGCUGUGGCCGGGUGGCCAGGGCGUCCCCGUACGCCCCGUUCGGGCAGGGCACCGGGCGGAUCUGGCUGCAGCCCCACUUCUGCACCGGCACCGAGAAUUCGCUGGAGGAAUGUCCGCACUUCGGAUGGGGACGGCACUUCUGCGGCCACGAGCGAGUUGCGGGAGUGACCUGCACAGAUGCCGUGGAGCUGAGGCUGGCGGGCGGCGGCAGUCCGUGUGCCGGGAGGGUGGAGGUGAAGCUGCAGGGACAGUGGGGCUCGGUGGGAGACGACAGGUGGGACAUGGAGGACGCUGAGGUGGUUUGCCAGCAGCUGGGCUGUGGCUCGGCUGCCGGUGCCUACUCCGCCCGCGAGAGCUUCGGCGAAGGGGACGGGCCCGUCAGUCUCUUGUUCGUGAAAUGCGGUGGGAACGAGGCCAGGCUCUGGGACUGCUGGAUCGGUGGCUGGGGACCCUUUAAUGUCAACAUCCAUGACGGGGACGCUGCCGUUAUAUGCCAAGGAUUUUCCCGGCUGGUCGGAGGUGCCGGAGCCUGUGCCGGGCAGCUGGAGGUGCGGCAGGGCCGGGCCUGGCUUGGUGUGUGUGAGGAUCAGGUGGACAUGAAGGCGGCGCAGGUGGUGUGCAGGGAGCUGGGCUGCGGUGAGGCGCUCGCCGUGGGCGGCAGUGGCCGCUUUGGGGCGGCACCGGGAUCGCUCUGGGACGGGGGCUUCGAGUGCAAUGGCAGCGAGCCCCUCCUGAGCGCCUGUGGCCGGCGUGCGGCCCCCGGGCAGGGCUGCAGCGGCCGUGCCAGCAUCAUGUGCUCCCCCUACACGGGCUUCCGCCUGGGGAACAGCAGCUCGGGAUGCUCCGGGCGAGUGGAGGUGGCCGUGAGGGGGACGUGGGGCUCCGUGUGCGCCAGCGAGUGGGAGCUGCCCGAUGCGCACGUCCUGUGCCGCCACCUGGGCUGCGGCCGCGCCCUCGCCGUGCCCCCGGGAGGCUCCUUCGGCAGCGGGGAGGGGCCGCUGCGGCCGGACACCUUCGGCUGCAGCGGCAGCGAGCGGCACCCGGGCCAGUGCCCCGUGGCCGUGCUGGGGAAGCCGCCCUGUGCCCCCGGGAACGCCGCUGCUGUCAACUGCUCAGGCCUUCUGGAGUCCGUGCGGCUGGUGGAGGGUGAGACCCGGUGCGAUGGGUGGCUGGAGUUGACCAUAGGCAACGGGACGUGGCGCCCUGUGCCAGGGGAGCUACUGUUCAUGCGGAAUUUCAGUAAUGUUUGCAGAGAAAUGGGGUGUGGAGGACUGUACAUGAGUCGUAUGGUCGAUGGCUCCGUUACCCUGGGACAGAUCAAUGAGACAGAGAGGGCCAUCAUGGCUAUUGUGCUCACAAACAUCCAGAAAAAGACCACAGCUCUGACCAAGGGGCCUGAAUGGCUGUCUAAGUCCUAUUUACGGCACCACGUUCCCCCUGAUAAAUUGCUGUGGAUGAAAACUGCACCGGCGGACAUCGCCUGCUCAGGCAGCCGGCAGGUGAGGCUGGUGGGGAGCUCAGGGCGCUGUGCCGGGCGCGUGGAGGUCUAUUCCGGUGGCAGCUGGAGCAGCGUGUGCCAGGAAGGCUGGGAGCUGCAGGACGCUGCCGUUGUGUGCCGUGAGCUGGGCUGUGGCACGGCCCUGGAGGCGCCGAGCUGGGCGCGCUUCGGUGCCGGCACGGGGCCGCUGUGGCCGUACAUGGCCGAGUGCUCCGGGAGCGAGGAGUCUCUCUGGGAAUGCGGGCGCUCGGAACAGCGCGAGUGCGGGCGCGGCCUCGGGGCAGGGGCCGUGUGCUCAGAGCAGAUGUCGGUGCGGCUGGCAGGCGGCCGCGGGCGCUGCCGUGGCUACCUGGAGGUGUCCUAUAACGGCACCUGGGGCCGCGUGUGCUCCGACGGCACCAGCACCGGCACCGCCGCCGCCGUGUGCCGCCAGCUGGGCUGUGGGCACCGGGGCUGGCUGUCGGCCAACUCCACCCAGCAGGCGUCCCGUGCCUGGCUGGCCUGGGUGGGCUGCGAGGACGGGGCCCGCUCACUCUGGGGGUGCCCCUCGGCCCCCUGGCAGCUGCAGAGCUGCGGCGCUGGCUGGCACGCCCACGUGGAUUGUGAGGAGGACAGCGAUGGCAGCAGCGGGACAGACACCAGCCCAUAUCCGGAGGGUGCCAGCAGCACAGGUGUCCCCAGCAGCAGCACGCUGGCAGUGGGCGUGGGGACGGUGCCUGUGCCGACUGUGCUGUGCGUGGUGCUGGGGACGCUGCUGUGCCUGGCCCUGGGUGCCCUGGCCGUGCUGCUGUGCCGUGCCCGUGCCUGGCGCCGAGGUGGGUCCUGGUGGGUGGGGGCCGGGACAGACCCGGUUUGGGGGUGCAGGGGCUCCUGCCCUAUGGAACAGCUGAGCAGAUGGGUCAGGGGUGAUCUUGGUGGCACCCAGAGUGCCCAGGGCCCCAGGUAAAUGCUGCCUGUGUUUCCAGGCUGUGGCAGAGCUGCAGAUGCCAUCA